GUCACAGCGGUCAGCAGUGAUUAAGAAAAGAAAUGCGGCUGUUUACAGACAUUAUCUGGUGGAAAACAGGUUUACUCACUGUGACAUUUCGCGUUUUUUCCCUCUGCUGUAUUCUCUUGUCUUGAGGUGGCUGUCUUUUAGACACGGUGUUCCGCUGUCUCCGCAUCCUCUAGCAUGAACUUGUAGCGUUGACGCCAGUAUAAAAGCUACCUGCGAGGACGUGGGCAGUCCGCCAUGAAAAUGAUGCAUCAUGGAAUGUGAGCGUCUAAACUUUAAGCAACAAUUCCACGCCGCGGAGAGUAAAAACAUGGAGGUGAGGCAAUAACCGACUGAGGCUGAUGAAAAAGAGCCUCCCUCAGCUCGUUUUUUUUUUUGUGAAUGUUUGACUCUGCUGGUCGUGGCCGACACACGCACCCAAAGGACCUGCAGGGGGACGGGACGUCAGUGUGUGUGGUGAUGCUUCUUCUCUAUUUUUUUUCUGGUGUCAGUUUUGGUUUCUCCAGCAAGGUCUGCGCUAUUCCGCAAUGGCUCGAUUUGAAGACGAACUGUCCAGCCGCUAUGGAGGCGGCUGUCCCGCGGCCCCUGCCAGGGGGGGCAGCCGGCAGCCGGGGCCUCCGGGUGGCCAGAGGAUGUACAAGCAGACGAUGGCCCAGAGAGCCAGGACCAUGGCCAUUUACAACCCAAUUCCAGUCAAACAGAACUGCCUCACCGUCAACCGCUCUUUGUUCAUCUUCAGCGAGGAUAAUGUAAUACGGAAAUAUGCCAAAAAGAUCACCGAAUGGCCUCCAUUUGAGUACAUGAUCUUGGCCACUAUUAUAGCAAACUGCAUUGUGCUGGCGUUGGAACAACACCUACCGGCCUCAGACAAAACCCCAAUGUCAGAGCGUUUGGAUGACACAGAGCCCUACUUUAUUGGAAUAUUUUGCUUUGAGGCUGGCAUCAAGAUCAUUGCCCUGGGCUUUGCCUUCCACAAAGGCUCCUACCUGCGUAAUGGCUGGAAUGUAAUGGACUUUGUGGUGGUCCUAACAGGGAUCCUGGCCACUGUGGGGGCUGACUUUGAUCUGAGAACAUUGAGGGCGGUGAGAGUGCUGCGACCACUCAAACUUGUCUCCGGGAUUCCAAGUCUUCAGGUGGUUUUAAAGUCCAUCAUGAAAGCUAUGGUACCACUGUUGCAGAUUGGCCUGCUGCUCUUCUUUGCCAUCCUCAUGUUUGCCAUCAUCGGGCUUGACUUCUACAUGGGGAAAUUUCAUCGCACCUGUUUCCGGAUUAACACAAGUGAGCAGACGGCAGAUUUCCCCUGUGGCUAUGAAGCUCCAGCAAGGACCUGUCCCAACGGCACUGUCUGUAGGGAGUAUUGGAUCGGACCUAAUUUUGGCAUUACCAAUUUUGACAACAUCCUCUUCGCUGUUCUCACCGUUUUCCAGUGUAUUACAAUGGAGGGAUGGGUGGAUAUCCUCUACAAUGCCAAUGAUGCCUCAGGGAACAUGUGGAACUGGCUGUACUUCAUCCCUCUCAUCAUCAUCGGCUCUUUCUUCAUGCUCAACCUGGUGCUAGGUGUGCUGUCAGGGGAAUUUGCGAAGGAGAGAGAGCGUGUGGAGAAGAGGCAAGAAUUCUUGAAGCUUCGCCGACAACAGCAAAUAGAGAGAGAGUUAACUGGGUACCUGGAGUGGAUCUGCAAAGCGGAAGAAGUGAUGCUGGCUGAGGAAGACAAGAACGCAGAAGAGAAAUCUUUGGAUGGAGCAUGGUACAAACGAAAACACAACAACUCUGUGCUAAAACGGACCAGGAAGAGUAAGAAUGAUCUCAUCAAUGCAGAGGAAGGGGAGGACCACUUUACUGACAUCUCAUCUGUUGGGUCGCCAUAUGCUCGGGCAAGUGUGAAGAGCAAGAAUGAGAGUUCAUCUUACUUCAGGAGGAAAGAGAAGAGGAUUCGCUUCACCAUCCGGCAUCUGGUUAAAUCCCAGAGCUUCUACUGGACAGUGUUAUGUCUGGUUGGCCUAAAUACACUGUGUGUAGCUAUAGUACACUAUGACCAGCCUGAGUGGCUUACCUAUGCACUAUACCUUGCGGAGUUUGUAUUUUUGGGCCUGUUCCUGGUGGAGAUGUCCAUGAAAAUGUAUGGUCUUGGACCCCAGAACUACUUUCACUCCUCUUUCAACUGUUUUGACUUCGGGGUGAUCAUUGGCAGUAUUUUUGAGGUGGUCUGGGCAGCCAUGAAGCCCGGGGCUUCAUUUGGAAUCAGUGUCCUGCGAGCACUGAGGCUGCUCCGGAUCUUCAAAGUCACCAAGUACUGGAACUCAUUAAGGAACCUUGUGGUAUCCCUACUCAACUCCAUGAAGUCCAUUAUUAGCCUGCUGUUUUUGCUCUUCCUCUUCAUCGUGGUCUUUGCUCUGCUGGGUAUGCAGCUCUUUGGUGGCCAGUUUAAUUUUGAAGACGAAACACCGACAACCAAUUUUGACACAUUCCCAGCAGCCAUUCUCACCGUCUUCCAGAUCCUAACUGGAGAGGACUGGAACGCAGUCAUGUACCAUGGGAUUGAAUCCCAGGGGGGUGUGCAUGGGGGAAUGUUCUCUUCCAUUUAUUUCAUCGUACUUACUCUCUUUGGAAAUUACACCCUCCUCAAUGUGUUCUUGGCCAUUGCUGUUGAUAAUCUUGCAAAUGCCCAGGAGCUCACUAAGGAUGAAGAGGAGCAAGAGGAGGCUAUCAAUAAGAAACUUGCCCUCCAGAAGGCCAAGGAGGUAAAGGAAGUCAGCCCCAUGUCAGCCGCUAACAUUUCCAUCACAGCGAGUUAUGUCUGCACCCCAGUCCAUCACUACCUGAGUAAGGAGCAGCAGAGGUCAGUGAAGACGAUGUCGGUGUGGGAACAAAGGGCCAGCCAACUGAGAAAACAGAACCGUGCAAGCUGUGAGGCGCUGUACAGUGAGCUAACUUCAGAAGAGCGACUGCACAUAUCGUCAGCCCUACACAUGCGGCCAGACAUGAAGACUCACCUUGACCGGCCGUUGGUUGUUGAGCCCCACGAUGGCAGCAACCAGCACUACCACAAGAAGACUUGCUUGCCAGAGGAGGCUGACACUGCCACGGACCCACCUCCCUCUGUGCCUCACCAGCCCCGCCAUCACCACUACCACCGAGACAGAGAACGAAAACAGGAAACCAAUGAUAAUGGUGAUAGCACUAAAGAUGGGAGGCAUCACAUCCAUCACAGCCGCUCCAAAGACCAUGACAGCAGCCGGGACAAACGGGGGAAGAGUGAGAGGUCCCACAGCCGGGAAGGAGGCAGGAAGCACCGCCAUCAGUGUGCAGUGGAUGACAGUGGAGGUUGGGGGAACGUAGGCGAGAGAGAUCACCACCAUCAUCAUUCACACCGGCAGUCCCGAGGUGGCAACGGGACAGUGACUAGUGGAGGGAGGGGAGAGCGAAGAUCUCGCCACAAAGAUGGACAUUUGUCUAACAGGAAUGGAGAUAGGAAUUCCAGAGGAGGCAGUGGUGCCAGUGGAGAGAGAAGAAGGCAUCGCAUUCACGGAUCCAGGGGACACUCCACUGAGUCUAACGACAGAGAGAAGACCCAUAGUCAGAGGUUUGGCGAUUCAGAGGGUGAGUCCUUGGCUAUCACCCCCCAGCAAGGCUCUGGGGGCACUAGCUGGCCUCCUGACCAUAUAGAAGACUCAGAUAACCAGAGGAAUGUCAGACGAACUGGGCAAACCUCCAUCCAGAUUCCUCCUGUGACUAUCACCUCCCCACCUGGAGAGACCACGCUAAUACAAAUGAACAGUAUUGAUUGUGAAACAGUGCCCAUAAAUGAGAAGACCCUGGAGGAUCUAGGCCCAAGUGGGCCUAAACCCAUCCUGCCUUACAGUUCAAUGUUCAUCUUUGGACAGACCAAUCCGGUGAGGCGGUUGUGUCACUAUAUUGUGACUCUGCGUUAUUUUGAGAUGUCCAUCCUGGUUGUCAUUGCGAUGAGCAGUAUUGCUCUGGCAGCAGAGGACCCUGUCUGGACUAAUGCACCCCGCAACAAUGUGCUCAAAUAUCUGGACUAUGCCUUUACUGGUGUUUUCACUUUUGAAAUGGUGAUCAAGAUGGUAGACCUGGGGCUAUUGCUUCAUCCUGGAUCCUACUUCAGAGACCUGUGGAACAUCCUGGACUUCAUAGUGGUCAGUGGGGCACUGGUGGCAUUUGCUUUUUCGAGCUUCAUGGGUAGAUUGCAACAAGGUGUGACCAGGGGAACCAAAGGCAAGGACAUCAGCACUAUCAAGUCAUUGAGGGUUCUUCGAGUUCUCAGGCCUCUGAAGACCAUCAAGCGCCUGCCAAAACUCAAGGCGGUGUUUGACUGUGUGGUUAACUCUCUGAAGAAUGUGCUGAACAUCCUCAUUGUUUACAUCCUCUUCAUGUUUAUCUUUGCCGUCAUCGCAGUUCAGCUCUUCAAGGGGAAAUUCUUUUAUUGCACUGAUGAGUCCAAAGGCCUGGAGAAAGACUGCAAAGGACAAUUCCUAGAUUAUGACAAAGACGAGGUGGCCGCCAUGCCCAGAGAGUGGAAAAAGUAUGAGUUCCAUUAUGACAAUGUGCUGUGGGCUUUUUUGACCCUCUUCACUGUCUCGACCGGGGAGGGCUGGCCAACUGUUCUGAAGCACUCCGUGGAUGCCACCUUUGAAGACCAGGGUCCCAGUCCAGGCUAUCGGAUAGAAAUGUCAAUCUUCUACGUGGUCUACUUUGUCGUUUUCCCCUUCUUCUUUGUCAACAUCUUUGUUGCUCUGAUCAUCAUCACCUUCCAGGAACAAGGAGACAAGGCCUUGUCUGAGUGCAGCCUGGAAAAAAAUGAGAGGGCAUGUAUUGACUUUGCCAUAAACGCCAAACCGCUAACACGUUACAUGCCUGAGAACACACAGUCCUUCCAGUACAGGAUGUGGAAGUUUGUGGUGUCAGCUCCGUUUGAGUACUCCAUCAUGAUCAUGAUUGCGCUCAACACCGUGGUACUCAUGAUGAAGUUCUAUGGAGCUCCAGAGUUCUAUGAAGCAAUGCUAAAGAACCUCAACAUAGUGUUCACCACUCUCUUCUCUCUGGAAUGUAUUCUCAAGAUCAUUGCUUUUGGGCCAUUGAACUACCUAAAGGAUGCUUGGAACGUGUUUGACUUUGUGACAGUGUUGGGAAGCAUUACUGACAUCCUGGUGACGGAAAUCAAUACUACGGACAGGCUGCUCAACCUGAGCUUUCUGAGGCUCUUUAGAGCUGCUCGACUCAUCAAGCUGCUGAGGCAGGGAUACACCAUCCGCAUUUUGCUGUGGACCUUUGUUCAGUCUUUUAAGGCCCUGCCUUAUGUUUGUCUACUGAUUGCCAUGCUGUUCUUUAUCUACGCCAUCAUUGGAAUGCAGGUGUUUGGCAACAUUGAGCUGAAUGAGGAUACAGCUAUAAAUCACCACAACAACUUCCGCACAUUCCUUCAGGCUCUCAUGCUACUGUUCAGGAGUGCAACUGGAGAGGCUUGGCAUGAGAUCAUGUUAUCGUGCUUGAGUCACCGUACAUGUGAUGAGCGAUCAGGGACCCACGGAAAAGAGUGUGGCAGCGAUUUUGCCUAUUUCUACUUUGUCUCUUUCAUUUUUCUCUGCUCUUUCCUGAUGCUGAACCUGUUUGUGGCUGUCAUAAUGGAUAACUUUGAGUAUCUGACCAGAGACUCGUCCAUCCUGGGGCCUCAUCACCUCGAUGAGUUUAUCCGGGUUUGGGCUGAGUACGACCCAGCUGCGUGUGGCCGUAUCAAGUACCUCGAUAUGUAUCAGAUGCUGCUCCACAUGUCCCCACCCUUAGGUUUGGGAAAGAAAUGUCCGCCAAGAGUCGCCUACAAGCGCCUCGUCAAAAUGAAUAUGCCUAUUGCUGAUGACAACACAGUUCACUUUACCUCCACUCUGAUGGCACUGAUUCGCACAGCACUGGAGAUCAAGUUGGCGUCAGGAAUGGUAGCCCAGCGAUUAUGUGAUGCAGAGUUAAAAAAGGAAUUGUCCACAGUGUGGCCCAACCUUUCCCAAAAGACCAUGGACCUGUUGGUGACGCCACAUAAACCCAAUGAGCUCACAGUAGGGAAGGUUUAUGCAGCCUUGAUGAUCUUUGACUACUAUAAGCAGAAUCGAGCUAGGAGACUGCAGCAGCAACAGAGCGCUUCGGGCUCCCAGUGCAAGGUCGGGGCUCUAUUUAAGCCAUUGCUGCCUCUGACUCACAUACAGGAGAAAGACCUCCCUAAGAUGUUAAACAGUGUGGAGCCUCCCAGCAUGCUUAGGUACCAGCCUAAAUCCCAUGCCAAGUCUCAGCCACAGACCAGACCUAGCUCCAACUCCCUCAACAAUGGAGGCACUCUGCCAAGUCAAGAUCACACCAUCAAGCCGUCAUCUUCCUGGGUGAUCGAUAAACCCAAAGAAGUGCCAUGGGCUAAGAAUAAGAGAACAAUGUCCCGGGGCCCAUCUGAGGAAACUCCAGACACUGCCAUCAAUCAGGAGUCGGUAGAGAUGAAGAAGAUGGAGACCAGUGUGAGCAGUAGAAUUCCAUUCACUGGCUCCGGUCUGGAAAACCAGGGCCGAGCUGCUUCGAUGCCUAGACUCAAUACUGAGCUGCAGUCUGUCCCUGAUGCCAGCCCUAUGAAGCGCUCAGCCUCAACUGUGACCCCACAGCGGCCCCAAGAGGUCAACUUAAGGGACUACACCCUGGAAAAACCAAGCCAGGAGAGACCCCACCACCAUCACCAUCACCGACGCUGCCACCACCGUAGAGACCGAGACAGAGAUAGAGACAGAGAGAACAGACAGAGGUCUUUAGAUGCACCUUUGGCAGGUCAACCUCCCGGUUCUGCUGGUGCAGUGGGUGAGCCAGCAUCGGAAACAACAGCCUCCAGAGAGCGAGCCCACGACCGUGGACGCUCCCAUGAAAGGAAACACCAUCAUUCCUCUGCAGACAAACAGCGCUACUACUCCUGUGACCGCUACUGCAGCCGGGGACAGUGCCACUCGAAAUCUUCCACCGCCAGCUGUGCCGCCUCUCCAAGUGAAGGGCUGGAAACCAGCAACAAGCAGGGCAGUGGUUGGGUUAAAGGCAGCCCAGUGGCACUGAGCUCCAAUACUAGCACGCCAAGCCGUGGACGUCGGCAGCUCCCCAAGAUCCCCCACACCCCGCGACCCGGGGUGGCUUACAAGACUGCCAAUUCCUCUCCUGUGCAUUUUGUGUCCAGCCAGACCUCUCUGAGUCCCGGCCGGCUAAGCCGUGGCCUCUCAGAGCACAAUGGCCUCCGUUACAGUGGCUCUCACCACUUCCCCUGCCCCGUCACUCGUAUCAGCUCAGAGCCCUUCCUGGGCCAGGGCCAGGGCAAGGCCCUGGGUAGCCUCUAUGGCAGCCUCCGGGACCAGCUGCAAGUCUUCCAGGAUAUGGCGGCGCUGUCUCCCAGCCCCUGUGCUGGACACUCCUCUUGGAACGCACUGCCUCGCAUGAUGGGAGCCUUGUCUCCUGCUCAACAACAGAACCUUGGUAUGCCCAAUGGGUACCACAUCAGCUUUGGGGGUAGCACCAGCCCAGGCUCUGGCGUCAGGGCACCCAGGUGUUACCAGGAGGCAGUGAAGGAUGAAUGGUGCUAGCAUGGCUUUAAACAAACCUUUUUAAUGCAUUUUUGAGGAAUUGUGAUGAGUUUUAUCAUCUUCUUUGAAGGCUUUAGUUUACAUCAUCACUGUGUGUGUUUAAUGCUUUAUUGUAAUCCUAACUUGGAGAUCUUAAGUUAUGGAGAACAUCUGGGGAGAAUGCUUUAAGGGGGUAAUAUUUGAAUGUGAAUAGAAAAGUAUCCUCUUUAUCAAAGCGCUUGUAGCAGAAAAGCAGACUUUUUGUCAAUAUCAGAUGUCUUUCAGUGCCUGUUCUUGAUUUGCUAUUGACACCACCAUACUGAUCCUCAAGCAACUUUCCAUAUAAUAUAUAUAUAAUAAAAUAUAUUGAGGUAAUAACUCGGUGUACUUGUAAAUGGUAAAUGACCUGGUUCUUCUCAAAUAGCGCUUUUCUACUCUGCCCGAGCAUUUAAAGCAUAUAGCAGUUAUACAACUUACCGCAUUCACCCAUUCAUACUUUUGCUUUUUUCCUAUGCUUUUUGUAUGCAAGUGCUUUCUAUCUAACAUUCCCUCCAAUAGAUCCUUGGGAGAGCAACUUAGUGCUAGUAUCGUGCCCAAAGAUAUUUGGCAUGCAGAUUGGAACAGCCACAGAUCAAAACGCAAACCCUUCUGCUUUACAGAUGACCCGCUCUGCCUCUUGAGCUAUAGCACCCUCUUAGUAAUAUAUACUAAUUUAUUCUGCUGCUUCAUUUCUUGUUGUUUGUUAUUGCUGAUCUGUUAUCCUAGACAAGAUUCAGUUUAUUUUUGUUGUUGUUGUUUUUGUUUUUUUUAAUGCUCCACUAAUUUAUUAUCUAGUCUGUAGUUGUGCCUGCUGCCAAACAGGUAGUGCUCAAUGAGUUUAACAGAUAACUGCUUAAUGCUCGUCAAUGAGAGCCACGAGACCCAAUGCUCAACUGUAGUGUAUACACAAAAGAUGGACAGGCUUGCUUAGCAACUCUACACACAUUAUUCACAUUAUUAUUUAAUGUGAAUAAUAAUAAUAAUAAUACUAAUCAUUUGCUGUGGUUAUUUUAUACAGUUUUACAAAAUAUCAGCCACAUGUUCAGAAUUCAAAUUAAUAACAACAAGCAAUUCAGCUGAACUUAAAGAACACAAAGCAUGAACUGAAAGGCCUAAGCAAAUGCACAUUUGCACAUGCAUGCUCAUAGCCAUAUGCCAAGAUAUGCCAUGCAAUUAGCAUAGAAGCUCCUCUCGAUGAGUGAAGAUAAGCUAAACCACAGGGCGGUACAAAUAUGUUUGUAACAACAAACCUAAUCAGACACUUAAAUCUUCUCCACCAAGCUGAACAUAGACAUUUUAAAGAAGUUAACAGAGGCAAAGUGGCUAGGAUUAAAGUAGAGCUGGGCGAUAUAAGAUUUUUUCAUAUCACGAUAUAUUUUUUUCAUUUCAGGCGAUAACGAUAUAUAUCACGAUAUAAGCCAAAUAACUAUAUUUGUAAGAUUCAA